AUGCAAUUGAACACGGGCGAGGUCAGAUCCUCCGUCGUCGUGCCUACUUCGCCCGCAGACGGCGACAAGCUGAUGCGCGUGCUCGUGGGCAAGCCGCAGAGCAAGCAGAUGGACCACAUGCUUACGUCGAAACUCGGCGGCUCGUUUGAUCUCGAGCCGAGGGCUGAAGGCAAGCUGUUCGACAUGCUUGUCGGUCGGGUGUGCCAAUACGGUAUCAAGGCUAUCCCCAUCGCUCAGGCUGCUCCAAAAUCUUCGCGAGUACAUCAGAAACCCUGCGGCACCGGCGACAUCAUAAGUCGUGUAAGCAGGCCCUUCCGCUGGUUUCUCGGCGGAGACUGCCAAGCACACGCUGCUUCUGCUCCGCGACCACGUCGCGAAAGGCAUCCUCACCUUCGAAGCGGCGGAGGAUUGACUGAUGGAUCAGAUACUACCAGAUCACCGCCAGCCAAACUGAUCGUGUCUUUCCACGCCAAAGAUCGCCCCUUUGCCCGUUCCGAGCGCGUCAACAAGUACGUGACCUGGAUCAAGGACUUCAAAGCCACUGAGUGCACUCAGCCUCUUGACCCAGGAGGUUCUGCUCCCGAGAGCUUAGCUCGUGGUGUUCAUCGCGAGGCGUGCAUGCGCGCCGCUUCCAGAACGAGGAUGCUACCCCACCUCCCUGAAGAGGUCAUCUUGGACAUUCUCAACAACCUCGUCCCUACCGAAUCUGCCACCAGCAACACUGUCAAAGACCUCCAGCCCAACUUGAGAUACCUGUCUUAUGCGAGUCGCGUCUCUCGUCAAUUACGCCGUGUCGCGGAACCUUUACUAUACCGCUACAUCUACCCGACGCGUCAGCUGCUCGAGACUCUGUGCGAACGGCCCGAACUAGGCAAUCAUGUGCAUGAGGUUGGCGAGUAUAGACCGCCUUUGACCUCAGAGGAACGCAAAGCCGUCAAGCCACUCCAUGAUCGAGUCCAUGAACUCGCGAAGGGUAUUUAUAAGUGGCCAGUGCUUGACGCGUUCCUGGAGGACUCUUUUCGUCCCGAAUUGGCUGAGAAUGACAACACGACUGAUUUCCGCGACGACAACACGACCUGGCUUCCAUCAAUACUCUGCCUGGCACCUCAUGUCCAGAGGUUACACCUUAAUGUGUAUCAGCUAGAGUGCAGGAAGCUCAACAUGCUUGCGCAGCUGUUGCAGUUGUGCGAAGACCGCAAGGAGGAAGGCGGAGAUGCAGCAUCGAGAACGCCAGCGCCGCUGUCAAAGCUGCGGUCUCUACACUUGUACGCAAAGAGCGAUCCCUACCACGCUUUCCUCUACGGGUUCCCACCCCAGGACUGGCUCUGGUUCUACUCAACGAACAUCCGCCCGCUAGUGCGGUCUACCAAGCUUCGGACAUUGAAGACUAGCGCAAUAGACUGGGGUCUCACGAGCAUGGACCGACGCCCAGACGCCGAAGAGGCAGAACGGAGGGACGACAGCAUAUUCCCUGAUGGACCACCGCGCAGAGAGCUGUAUACCUCCCGAGGUUCUCAUCCGAACUUAGAGAGUCUAAGUCUCUGCGACAACCGGUCUCCUGAGCCCUGUCGCGUGAAGGAGAUGCUGGAGGCCUAUCCUAAUCUCCACACUCUCGUCCUGAAGCCAAGUCAGCGCAUGGCGCGACAAUCUUUUGACUUCAGCGAGUACGGCAUUGUACUCCGCGAACGUGCCACGGGCCUGCGCUGUUUAGAUUUGGAAUUUCCCGGCAUUUCCCACUCUGAAUCGGACGGUGGCGCGAUCGGGUCUCUGAGGCACGAGUGUACUCAGCUAAAGCAGCUGCGUUUGCCCCUUGCUGCACUGCUUGGCCUGGAUCCACCCGGUAAGCUGGACCUGUGUGAUUACUUGCCGAUCAGCCUGCGCUGGUUCUGGACCACUUUGCCGGAGAAGAAAAAAUACGCGGAGGAACCUCUAGACCUGCCUGUGUACUCAGUGAACACAUGA